GUGUCGUAUAGAAACAAAAUCCGCCAGAUCCAGUUUUGGGGAAAAAUAAGCUUUUGUAGUCUAUGGAUUCAGUAUCUUGAGCUCUAUGGUCCAAUAAUAUAUAUAAUCUUUCAAACCCAGUUAAAUCCUAGUUAAUUCACGUACUUUUUUUGCGUUUCAUUUCAAAACACGCCAGAUCUUUGACAAGACAACAUCAAAAGCCGCUAGAUCCACCUCAGCCAAUCAGAGAAAAGCAUUUUGACAGAAAACCGUCAUGGCGUUACUAAAUAUAGUAAUGGCCGCUCAUGCAUUUGCUUGUGAUUUCGUGCCGGCUAUAUCGUGAAUUUUCAUCAAAAAAAUGUCCGAUUUACUAAAAAAAAUAGAAUCAGUUCUUCCGGAACAUGCAAGGAAGCGAGGGGUCAACAAAAGUAACUGGAAAAGUGAGAAAAAACGAUGUGAGCGAUAUUCUGCGAAAAAACUGCCAUCUUUCCCAAAAUGUAAGCACAAAACGAAUUCUACUUUUAAAUGCCUUACACUAAAAACGCAAGAUGUUGCUCGGUUUCACCAGAAUUUCUACAAAUUGAACAACAAAGUCAGCCAAGACAACUUUAUACUAAAACAUUGCCGUCUCUCCAAAUGCCACAGAAAAAGGCUCAAAGAUCAGUCUAGAGGACCAAAGAAUUUAAGUGCAGAAUACUAUGUCACAAUUAAAAAUCCUCACAAACAGGUCAGGGUAUGCAAAAGUGCUUUUAUUAAAAUAUUACAAGUGGGGAAAGAUAGAGUUACAGGCAUUCUACAGAGAUCUUAUAAAGAUGGAGGCAGUGUUGCUAAAGAGAAUCGAGGUGGAAACCACAAAAAAGAUCGAUAUGCGCAGAGGCAAAGAAGUGUAAUGACAUUUAUUGAGUCCAUAGAAGCAGCUGAACCUCAUUACUGCAGGGCCAAAUCGUCUGUAAGACUGUACUUGCCACCUGAAUUAAAUAUUAAAAAGCUGUGGAAAAUGUAUGAAGAGCAAGUUGCAAGUACCCCCUAUCUAAAGGUAAAACAGUCAUUUUUCAGACAAAUCUUUAACCGCAAGUACAAUGUUGGUUUUGGUUCUCCCUUGAAAGAUACUUGCUCCAGAUGUUUUGAAUUAAAACGGAAAAUAGAAACUACUAACGGCCAAGAGAAACAGAUUUACAUAACCCAAAAAAGGUUACAUAGCAUGAAAGCCAAAGCCUUUUAUGACUUGUUAAGAAAGGAAGAACAUGAUACCAUAUCACUGUCAUUCGAUUGCCAAAAAAACAGCGCGCUGCCUAAACUGCCCGACCAAGCGGCUUACUUUAGUAGGCAGUUCAAUAUGAGCAAUUUUACAGUUGUUAUUGGUAGUUGA